AUGUACUGUCUGAAUCAUUAUGAGCCCCAGUCUCCACAGCACAACCUCCCCUCCAAACCUUCCCCUGCUUCCAUGUACUGUCUGCUUCAUUAUGAGCCCCAGUCUCCACAACACAACCUCCCCUCCAAACCUUCCCCUGCUUCCAUGUACUGUCUGCUUCAUUAUGAGCCCCAGUCUCCACAGUACAACCUCCCCUCCAAACCUUCCAUGUACUGUCUGCUUCAUUAUGAGCCCCAGUCUCCACAGUACAACCUCCCCUCCAAACCUUCCAUGUACUGUCUGCUUCAUUAUGAGCCCCAGUCUCCAAAGUACAACCUCCCCUCCAAACCUUCCCCUGCUUCCAUGUACUGUCUGCUUCAUUAUGAGCCCCAGUCUCCACAGCACAACCUCCCCUCCAAACCUUCCCCUGCUUCCAUGUACUGUCUGCUUCAUUAUGAGCCCCAGUCUCCACAGCACAACCUCCCCUCCAAACUUCUCCCUGCUUCCAUGAACUGUCUGCUUCAUUAUGAGCCCCAGUCUCCACAGCACAACCUCCCCUCCAAAUCUCCCCCUGCUUCCAUGAACUGUCUGCUUCAUUAUGAGCCCCAGUCUCCACAGCACAACCUCCCCUCCAAACCUUCCCCUGCUUCCAUGUACUGUCUGCUCCAUUAUGAGUCCCAGUCUCCACAGCACAACCUCCCCUCCAAACCUUCCCCUGCUUCCAUGUACUGUCUGCUUCAUUAUGAGCCCCAGUCUCCACAGUACAACCUCCCCUCCAAACCUUCCAUGUACUGUCUGCUUCAUUAUGAGCCCCAGUCUCCACAGUACAACCUCCCCUCCAAACCUUCCAUGUACUGUCUGCUUCAUUAUGAGCCCCCGUCUCCACAGCACAACCUCCCCUCUAAACCUACCAUGUACUGUCUGCUUCAUUAUGAGCCCCAUUCUCCACAGUACAACCUCCCCUCCAAACCUUCCAUGUACUGUCUGCUUCAUUAUGAGCCCCAGUCUCCACAGUACAACCUCCCCUCCAAACCUUCCAUGUACUGUCUGCUUCAUUAUGAGCCCCAGUCUCCAAAGUACAACCUCCCCUCCAAACCUUCCAUGUACUGUCUGCUUCAUUAUGAGCCCCAGUCUCCACAGCACAACCUCCCCUCCAAACCUUGCAUGUACUGUCUGCUUCAUUAUGAGCCCCAGUCUCCAAAGUACAACCUCCCCUCCAAACCUUCCAUGUACUGUCUGCUUCAUUAUGAGCCCCAGUCUCCACAGUACAACCUCCCCUCCAAACCUUCCAUGUACUGUCUGCUUCCUUAUGAGCCCCAGUCUCCACAGUACAACCUCCCCUCCAAACCUUCCCCUGCUUCCAUGUACUGUCUGCUUCAUUAUGAGCCCCAGUCUCCACAACACAACCUCCCCUCCAAACCUUCCCCUGCUUCCAUGUACUGUCUGCUUCAUUAUGAGCCCCAGUCUCCACAGCACAACCUCCCCUCCAAACCUUCCCCUGCUUCCAUGUACUGUCUGCUUCAUUAUGAGCCCCAGUCUCCACAGUACAACCUCCCCUCCAAACCUUCCAUGUACUGUCUGCUUCAUUAUGAGCCCCAGUCUCCAAAGUACAACCUCCCCUCCAAACCUUCCAUGUACUGUCUGCUUCAUUAUGAGCCCCAGUCUCCACAACACAACCUCCCCUCCAAACCUUCCUCUGCUUCCAUGUACUGUCUGCUUCAUUAUGAGCCCCAGUCUCCACAGUACAACCUCCCCUCCAAACCUUCCAUGUACUGUCUGCUUCAUUAUGAGCCCCCGUCUCCACAGCACAACCUCCCCUCUAAACCUACCAUGUACUGUCUGCUUCAUUAUGAGCCCCAGUCUCCACAGUACAACCUCCCCUCCAAACCUUCCAUGUACUGUCUGCUUCAUUAUGAGCCCCAGUCUCCACAGUACAACCUCCCCUCCAAACCUUCCAUGUACUGUCUGCUUCAUUAUGAGCCCCAGUCUCCAAAGUACAACCUCCCCUCCAAACCUUCCAUGUACUGUCUGCUUCAUUAUGAGCCCCAGUCUCCACAGCACAACCUCCCCUCCAAACCGUUCAUGUACUGUCUGCUUCAUUAUGAGCCCCAGUCUCCACAGUACAACCUCCCCUCCAAACCUUCCCCUGCUUCCAUGUACUGUCUGCUUCAUUAUGAGCCCCAGCCUCCACAACACAACCUCCCCUCCAAACCUUCCCCUGCUUCCAUGUACUGUCUGCUUCAUUGUGAGCCCCAGUCUCCACAGUACAACCUCCCCUCCAAACCUUCCAUGUACUGUCUGCUUCAUUGUGAGCCCCAGUCUCCACAGCACAACCUCCCCUCCAAACCUUCCAUGUACUGUCUGCUUCAUUAUGAGCCCCAGUCUCCACAGUACAACCUCCCCUCCAAACCUACCAUGUACUGUCUGCUUCAUUAUGAGCCCCAGUCUCCACAGUACAACCUCCCCUCUAAACCUACCAUGUACUGUCUGCUUCAUUAUGAGCCCCAGUCUCCACAGUACACCUCCCCUCCAAACCUUCCAUCUCUGCUAGCGGUGGUUUGGCGUGAUAAUGAACACGAACACGACAGGAAGGUUGGCUACACAAAGUCAAUGGGACCAGGCUAG